CCUGAAAUAGUCACCAUGGGGGAGAACGACCCGCCCGCCGCCGAAGCCCCCUUCUCCUUCAGAUCCCUUUUUGGCCUCGAUGACCUGAAAAUAAGUCCUGUCACACCAGAUGCGGAUGCAGUGGCCGCACAGAUCCUGUCUCUGUUGCCGUUGAAAUUCUUCCCAAUCAUCGUCAUUGGGGUCAUUGCGCUGAUACUAGCGCUGGCCAUCGGUCUGGGUGUCCAUUUCGAUUGUUCCGGAAAGUACAGGUGCCGGUCUUCUUUUAAGUGUAUUGAACUCACGGCUCGGUGUGACGGCGUCUCGGACUGCAAAGCCGGGGAGGAUGAGUACCGAUGUGUCCGCGUGAGCGGUCAGAAUGGCGUGCUCCAGGUGUUCACAGAGGCGGCCUGGAGGACCGUGUGCUCCGACGACUGGAAAGGCCACCACGCUAGCAUCGCCUGUGCCCAGCUGGGGUUUCCAAGCUACGUCAGUUCAAAGACCCUCCGAAUGGACUUGCUUGAGGAGCAGUUCCAAGAGGACUUUGUUUCCAUCAACCACCUCCUGCCAGACGACAAGGUGACGGCUCUGCACCAGUCGGUGUAUUUGAGGGAGGGGUGUGCCUCGGGGCGCGUGGUCACCUUGAAGUGCACAGCCUGCGGUCUGAGGAUGGGCUACGCCGCUCGCAUCGUGGGCGGAAACAUGUCCUCGCCCGCGCAGUGGCCCUGGCAGGCCAGCCUUCAGUUCCAGGGCUACCACCUGUGCGGGGGCUCCGUAAUCACCCCGGUGUGGAUCGUGACCGCUGCCCACUGCGUUUAUGACCUGUACCUCCCCAAGUCAUGGACCAUCCAGGUGGGCCUCGUCUCGCUGCUGGACAGCCCAGCCCCCUCCCACCUGGUGGAGAAAAUCAUCUACCACAGCAAGUACAAGCCCAAGAGGCUGGGCAACGACAUCGCCCUCAUGAAGCUGGCGGGGCCGCUCACCUUCGACGAGAUGGUCCAACCGAUUUGUCUGCCCAACUCCGAAGAGAACUUUCCUGAUGGGAAGAUGUGCUGGACGUCGGGAUGGGGGGCCACUGAGGAAGGAGCAGGCGACGCCUCCCCGGUCCUCAACCACGCAGCUGUGCCUUUAAUCUCCAACAAGAUCUGCAACCACAGGGACGUGUACGGCGGCAUCAUCUCCCCCUCCAUGGUCUGUGCCGGCUACCUGAAAGGCGGCGUGGACAGCUGCCAGGGAGACAGCGGGGGACCCCUGGUGUGUCAGGAGAGGAGGGAGUGGAAGUUGGUGGGAGCGACCAGCUUUGGCAUCGGCUGUGCGGACGUGAACAAGCCCGGGGUCUACACCCGCAUCACCUCCUUCCUGGACUGGAUUCACGAGCAGAUGGAGAGGGACUUGAAAACUUGAAGAGAAAGGGCACAAGCCACCACGCUGAGUUCCUGCCACGAUGGAGACAUCCCCGUCCCUCCACGGAUUCCCGGCUGGAAACUUUCAUGAGCAAAUGCCUUCAGUGCUCGGCUGGCUGGCACCACCAGCAGAGCCAGAGGCGGACCAUCUCUCCACCCAGAACAGUUUGCUUCUAACGCCUCUGACGAGCCACUGGGGCGCUGGACUAAAAUGACCUGGAAGUGCCUUUCUGACCCUCACUGAGAAGUGCUACCCUUUCCCACGUGUCGAUUAGGUUUUCUCUGCAGCAGCCCUUCAACACGAGUGACAACAUAAGCAAGUCCACAUGCAAAGCCAUGGGCCCAGCAGCCACGCGGCCCAGCACUGUGGGGGCUGUCACUGUGGAUGUCCCUGUGCACACGUUUUAUCCCCAGGUACCAGAACCACACCCACGUUUCCUGCUCGUGGGAACCAGUCUCCCGGUGAUUAGUUUAAGGCUUAUGUCUGCUUGGCCCCGUAGCACUUGGAGCCUGGUGUGUUCUUGUCCCAUGCUUCCACAGGACAUAUGCUCUCCUAACGCAGUGGUCAGUGGGAGCUUGUCUGAACGUGUGCCGACUGCUCGUGUAAACUGAAACCACACCCCUGGUUGAUUGUAGAGGUUCGGCUGCUUCAAUCUGAUCUCUUCUAUGUACAUGGUGGGCCUUGCGUGUUUCUGUUAGAACAGGUUUCUCAGCAGGUCAGCAUGGCCUCAUAUUCUAUCAUGAGGCUCAGAGUGAGAAACAGAGCAGUGGGAUAAGCCAGGGCCACCUCACCGGCACAGCGGGUCCUGAGGCCAACAGAGCAGACAGUCACGUGUCAUCAAGAGGCCAGAGGAGCCCUGGCCAGUGUGGCUCAGUUGGUUGAGCAUCAUCUGGUGCACUGAGAGGCCGCUAGUUCAAUUCCUGGUCAGGGCACAUGCCCGGUUAUGGGCUCGAU